AGUAUGUCUGUCGCUGGGCCAUAUCUGAAGAUCGUGCUAGAUCGCGACCCCAACGGCAAACCGUACAAGCCUGGAGAUACGAUUAGCGGUCGAGUCUGUCGCACCAUACCGACUGUCGCUCCACAUGCAAACCUAACCGUCACUCUCUAUGGGCGAUCUACUUCGGAGCUUUCGGACUCCAAGGACUCGCUUGAUUGUCUGGGCCCGCCUGUCCGCUACGUCUUGUUAGCUGGCGGCGCAGUACACAUUCCCCGGUCUGGCGAGGGCGAAUCGUGGCCAUUCGUUAUUACGAUUCCAGCUUUAGUCUCAGACAUCCGAAGCCCGUCACAAAAGAAGCACUAUCCUGAUCCAGGUGGUACGCCUGGAGCGCCCUUCCCUCCGCCGGGAACCUUCGACUUUGAGGCAGAAGCUAUCUUGUCGGGAACCUCUAUAAAGUAUCAUGUGGAGGCACAGUUGGAACUCGUACAUCAGCGCAAUGGCAGAGAUGUACGGGACACCGUUACUGCUAAGACGACAAUCGGUCUCCGGAACAUCCAUAUAGGCGCGCCUAUUGCGGAUUUCAGCAUGGAGACAUCGAUGACGCCGCAGUGUAGUAUCAGCACAUACCGACUCGUUCCAGGUGUCGGCGAGCUCAGCUUUAGCCAGAAUCUGAGGGAAUCCCUCAAUUCCUCCAAGGUUCCCAGGUUCACAUUCAGGAUUGUUCUUUCUCUUCCCAGUAUCCUGCAAGUGGGCAAUGGCAAUACUAUCCCAGUCUCCAUCACCAUUGUUCCAAAUCUUCAAUGCACAAGCAAGAUCAUCCAUGGUGUCCCACAGGAAAUCCUCAUCAAGGCACUCCGGCUAAAAGUCAAACCAUGCACAGUCGUGCGCGUUGAAAGAAGCAGCGAGUCGACGACCUCACCAGGGAGAAAUAUCAUCCCCUUCGGCGCUGUUAGCUCACUCGGCCCUCAAGGCCGUACUAUUUCAAUUAUACCUGGGAUCGAAACUGAAUCCACACCUCUCAACAUCGGCGAGAUGCUGAGGGUAAAUACGGCUCAAAGCAACUUACACCCGGAUUUUCUUACAUACAAUAUCUCCCGCACGCAUUCGCUACGCUGGGAGUUGGAUGGGAGUGUAGCGGGAGAGGACUUUUCCGUGAAGUCAUCCUCAGGCUCAGUGAAGGUAUUGCCGGCACCUGGAGAAGUUGCAGAGCCAGCUGCGCUUGAAGGGCUUGGGGGUGAAGAGCUGCCAGGGUAUAGUAAGGUGAAAGACCCCCCGCCCGCUUAUAAUGCGUAG